AUGCAUCAAACUUGGGCCCCUCCUCGGGACUAUAGGUCCAGACCUGUCGCUAUUCUUGGUGCUGGUGUGCUAGGGAGACGAAUCGGAUGUAUCUGGGCAUCGACGGGCUUCAAUGUACACAUACGAGAUCCUAGUCAUCAGCAGCGACAGGAUGGAAUAUCUUACAUCCAAGAUAAUGUUCAUUCAUACGCCAAGAAGACGGGCAAGACAGUCGGUACUGCACAUGCAUUCGAGAACAUGCGAGAGGCCGUGGAGAACGCUUGGCUUGUCAUCGAAGCUGUUCCGGAGAAGAUCCAACUCAAGAUUGAUACAUUCGCGGAACUCGAAUCGCUAACCCCGGCCGAUUGCAUACUGGCCUCAAAUUCGUCGUCGUACAGGUCUUCGGAGAUGCUUGAGAAGGUUUCCGAAUCGACAAUGAAGCGAAUCCUGAACAUGCAUUAUUAUAUGCCGCCGAAGUGUAUGGUCGUUGAGCUUAUGACUGAUGGGCAUACCAAAGACGAAAUUUUUCCUUUUCUGGCUGAGCGCUGCAAAGAGGGUAACACAUUACCUUACGUUGCUAGGAAGCAGUCGACUGGGUUUAUUUUCAAUCGCCUUUGGGCAGCCGUGAAAAGAGAAACGCUCACCAUUCUGGCGGAAGGUGUUUCAGUGCCAGAGGAAAUUGAUUCUCUGUGGACUGAAAUGUUUGUCAAGGGAGGUUCAACUCCCUGCAAGACAAUGGAUGAUGUUGGCCUGGAUACGGUUGCUUUCAUUGAGUCACACUAUACGAAGGAGCGUGGCCUGUCUCCCAAGUAUACUGUGGACUACCUAAACGAGAAUUUUGUCAAACAUGGAAAGCUGGGUACAAAGAGCUCGCAUGGUGGCCUCUUUCCUUCGGUCAAAUCCGAGACCGCGAGUGUCAUUGAAAAGCCUAAUUUGGUGGUUCUUGAUCUCGGAUUGUCUGCCGCUGCGCCCUCAAUGAAAUCCGGAGCAGUCCUUGAAUACUCUUCUGACGGUCAUUUCCAGAAGACUUUGGUAGAAAACCAGUCACUGCCUGAUGGCGUGAGUGUUGACCCACACAACGGCCGGUUGUUCUGGACCAACAUGGGGGUUCCUGGGAAGAAUGAUGGAAGUGUGCUUACUUUCGAUCGCAAGUCAAACUCGGUUGAAACGAUCGUGCCUAGCGGAGUCAUCAAUACUCCAAAGCAGCUGGCCCUGGACACCACCGCAAGAAAGGUAUACUUUUGUGACCGCGAAGGGCUUUCUGUUUACCGUUGCGACUAUGACGGAAGUAAACUGGAGAAAAUUGUGCAUGCUGGCAACCCUGAAGACCCCAAAGAUGUUUCUGAUGCUAGAAAGUGGUGUGUUGGUAUCGCCAUUGCGCCGAGGCUCGGGAGGUUUUAUUGGACCCAAAAGGGACCCUCUAAAGCUGGACAGGGCCGUAUCUUUUGCGCCAAUAUCACAAUGCCAGAUAACCAAUCCGCCCUGUUCAGGUCCGACAUUGAGUGUAUCAUCGGCGGGCUUCCAGAGCCUAUUGAUCUCGAGGUCGAUGAAGAUUCUGGCUUUCUAUACUGGACAGAUCGUGGCGAAAUUCCAUGUGGAAACUCGUUGAAUCGCAUGAAGCUUGACGCCCUUGGCCGACCGUCAGAGACUACAGCACCAAACAAGCAUGAAAUUCUCACUCGCCAUUUCAAUGAAGCAAUUGGUCUGAAAGUCGAUGGCAAGAACGAGUCAAUCUACGUGACCGAUCUUGGCGGCAGCAUCUAUCGCUGCGACUUGAACGGUAAUCAGAAAUCGGUGGUGCACUCAGAUAAUUCUCGGGCGUUCACUGGAAUCACUUUUAUCUGA